GCGUGCGUGACGAGCGUGACUGCCCGCAGGUGACCGCACGCGUGUGUGACGGGUGGGUGAGCGGGCGGGCGGCUGUGGCUGGGCAGACGCGUCGACGAUGAGUGCGGUGAGUGAAUCGCAGAACAUCGAGCAGGCCACUGCUGCCAUCCAACAGCCAGACAACAAGACCAGGCGCUACGAUCGCCAGCUUCGACUCUGGGCCGCAUCCGGCCAGAAUGCGCUCGAGGCGUCCCGCAUCCUCAUCCUCUCCUCCUCCGCAACCGCAACCGCCGUCCUCAAGAACCUCGUCCUCCCCGGCAUCGGCCACUUCACCAUCCUCGACAGCGCCCUCGCCUCCCCCGCCGAUGCGGGCAACAACUUCUUCCUCGCGGGCCCCUCCAGCAUAGGCAAGCCCCGCGCCCAGGAGGCCGUCCCGCUCCUGCGUGAACUCAACGACAGCGUCGAGGGCGAGGCCGUCGUCAAAGACGUCCACGACCUCCUCAAGACCGACGAGGGCAGGGCGUUUGUCAGCGGAUUCUCGCUGGUCAUCGCCCACAACCUGCGGAAGGACACCCUCGACGAGCUCGCCAAGCUCCUCUGGGCCGAUCUCAGCAAUCCGUCGUUGCUCGUCGUCCGCUCCGCCGGCUUCCUCGCCGAGUUCUUCAUCCAGUACCACGAACAAUGCGUCUCUCAACCCCACACCGACGAGAACGUACCCUCACUCCGAAUCAUCCGUCCCUUCCCCGCCAUCGCAAAAUGGGCCAGCGAGCUCGACUUUGACAAGCUCGACCCCACCGACCACGGGCACGUCCCCUUCGUCAUCAUCCUCCUGCGCGCCGUCGAGGACUGGAAGAAAUCGCACGACGGCAAGCUGCCCGCGACGAUGCCCGAGCGCAAGGCGUUCAAGGCGCAGAUCGCCGCGAUGCGCAAGAAGAUCGACGAGGAGAACUUCGACGAGGCCGAGGCGCAGGCCUGGCGCGUCUGGUCCGACCCUCCAGUCCCCGGCGCGGUCCAGACGCUCUUCGGCCUGACGCCGCUCACGCCCGCCACGCCCAACGCGGCCUUCCACGCGCUCCUGCAGACCCUCAACGCGUUCGUCGCCGCGCCCGACGGCCCGGGGUGCCUCCCCCUCAGCGGCGCGCUGCCCGACGUGCACACGGACACGGAGAGCUACGUCAGGCUGCAGACGGCGUACAAGGACUGGGCCGCCGUCGAGAAGACGCGCUUCAAGGAGUUGCUGAAGGAGGGGUUCCCGGCGCUCGCGCCCGCGAUCGACGACGAGGACGUCGACACGUUCGUCAAGAACGCGCACCAUGUCCGCGUGCUGCGUGGGCGGCGCUGGGGCGAGUGGGACGCGGACAAGGAGGCACUCGCCUCUUCGCUAUCGAUCUUCCCGCGCGAGACGGCGACGCACCUCGGUCUGUCGGCGUUGUCGACCCUUCUGAACAAGGCCCCGGAUGGCUCGACCGUGACUGUGGACGGGCUGCGCGCUGAGGUCCAGCAGCUCGUCGGGCAGGGUGUCGCGCUCCCCAAGGAGGUGGACAAUGCCAUCGGAGAACUCGCCCGCGCGCCGACCGCGGACCUGCCCAACACCGCCGCCUUCCUCGGGGGCAUGGUCGCGCAGGAGGCGAUCAAGAUGAUCACGAAGCAGUACGUGCCCGUGAACGGGUUCUGCGUCAUCGACAUGGUCGACAUGUGGACGGGGACGGUCGGCGGGCAGUGAGCCCGCGGCGGGGGGUGCGGACGAAGCUGAAGAAGCUCGGGGACGCUGCUUACGGAUAGAUCGUCGUGCUGUCGUUGCUGCUUGUACUAACAUCUGUCGAACGUCAAUGAACUGUGUGUGCUGCUGAGUUGCAUCCAA